AGAAGUACAUUUAAGCUUUCUUGCCCAGAUCAUGUGGUUACACAUUAUUUUAUUUGGUUAAUGUAUGAAAAUAGGGUUUAACUUUAACUAAACAUGCUUACAAAGCAUUCCCGCUUCGUGAAAAACGCAACAAUAAAUCGUAAAUAAAUGAUUUUGUUAACCAAAAAAUGUUGUUUUCCUUGACAAACUUUACUGCUUAAUUAUUGUUCCAAACUGGAGCGUCCUGAUUGGCUCGUGGGCGUAAUGACGUCACACACAGUUCUCAGCGCGAGGAGAGAGAGAGGGAGAAAAAAAAAAAACUAGUCCCCCUCAUUCGCUCUCAGACCGUCUGUCCCGGCUGUCGCCAGGAGGAAAGCUCGUCAAAGUUCCGAGCGAAUUCAUGAAGGAAACGGAUUGUGGUUCGCUUUCGUGAGUUUGGGUCCGUUUCCCUGCACUGUGAGUUCGGGUUUGAGACUCUCUUGACGGGCGGUGUGUGACGCGAAUCGCCUGGGAUUGACUUGAAGUUCCCAAGAUGAACUUCGGACCGGUGCUCGGGGGACUCUGGGUGGCGGCGCUCUUCACGGGCUUCGUUUGCCACGCCGCAGAACCCCCGGCAUCUCAGCGGUCCGGCAGCGACCACCGAAACGCCACGCUCCGGCAGCACCGGACGCAGUGCGUGGAGAACCAGCAGUACCCCCACCAGGGGCUGUGCUGCCUCAACUGCCAGGCCGGAACGUUUGUGAAGAAGCCCUGCGACAGAAACCAGCAGCAGGGGACAUGCGAGCCCUGCGAGCACGGCCAGACGCACACCGAGCACUCCAACGGGAUGAACCGCUGUCUGCCGUGUAACCACUGUCGCCAAGAUCAGAUUGAAGUUGCGGCGUGCACCGUGACAACUAACACCAGGUGUGAGUGCAAACCGGGCACAUUCUGUGCUCCGGAGCAGGCCUGCGAAGUCUGCAAACGCUGCGCCAAGUGUAAAGCAGGCGAGGAGGAGGUGAAGAAGUGCACCCCCUUUUCUAACACCGUUUGCCAAAAACGGGGCCCAUCCUCCACCGAGCCUGCGCCGGUGCGCCCCUCCCCGACCUCAGCGUCAGCCUCUCAAACCAACCUGGUCAUUUAUGUCUUUAUCUUCCUCUUCGUUGCACUCGUUGUCUGUGUUGCUAUCUGGUGGUUUAAAGGCAAACCGUCGUGUCAAACUUCAUGUGUGAAGAGUCACUGUCAGAGCAGCGAAAUCGUCAAGAUUCCCAUCGACGAGACCACAAACAGUCCGGAGGAGCGGCAGAACAACCAGAACUCGGGUUUGGAGUGCGAGGAGCCCCGCCCCGAGUCACGACCGCUCCUGCAGGAGACGCAGGUCGGGAUGACCAAGGCCUCCCCUCCGCUGGAAGACGAGGACCGAGGACUCGGGGACAGCUUGCCCAACACGACCAGUUCGUCUCAAACCAGUCUGUCGGCGCUGCCCCCCACUGCUGCGUCCUCGGGUAGCACCCCGCGCCACAGCCCCUCGGCCUUCCGACAGCUGCCUGCUGACAUGGAUGACCCCCUAAAACAUCGACUGGUGCCUCUACUAGGGUCGGAGAAGUCCUUAAGGAAGAGCUUUGACCUGUUCGAUGAGUAUCUGGACGUUCGGAUCCACAACAAGUUCUUCAGACUGAUCGGCAUCAGCGACAACCACAUUCGGAUCGCGGAGAACGGCGCCGCCGCCGACAAAGUCUACGAACUGCUGAAGAACUGGAUGCAGAAGCAGGGACUGAAGGCCGACAUCAACAACCUGCUGGACGCUCUGCUCAGUCUGGACCAGCGCCGCUCGGCGGAGAGCAUCGCCUACGAGGCCCUCAAGAAGGGCUACUUCAGGCACGCCGACGUGCUGUGAAAGACGCAACAAAACGGACGUGACUCAGGCUACACUUCGCCACGGCGGAGCAGCUUCAAGAAGCCAGUAGAUUUGAGGAGAAAAAAGAAAAAAAAGGGGAAAGUGGAUCUGGAUUUGAGACUUUUUCUCCACAAGGAGCCAAAAUAAUUCAGGCAACGGCUGCAUCCUUGAAACUUUUUUUUUCAGAACUCUGUAAAGUCUGCGGCUGUGUUUCUACUCAUCUGGUUCUCCUGCCAGAUCCAAAGACACUACCAGGAGGAAAUACACUGGUUUGUUGGAGUGGCAUUAGCUAGGCCACCGAAACCGUGCUCGUUUUCAUGCACUGACCUUCGGCACAUGUAGGAUUUAAGUCAAGACGAUUUCGGCUUCCGUUGUUUCAUUUCAGACGUUUUUCUUCCUGACAGGAAAAGACAGAACGUUCGUCCUUACUAAUCGCAAAAGUUCUCCUCUUCUGUCCACAAAAUAAUGUUGUAACAUGGAGAACUUCAGAGGUCAUUUUAUUUAUUGAUCUAUUUAUUAAAGUGGAUAUUUAUGCAGUUGCCAAACACAAACUACUCUGGAAAGCAGCCGUCGUCGGCGCCAAAUGACUGAAUUUUUCAAGUUCUUCCGCGAGUUUGUUCACGACGGCGUUGAAACACUCGUGAAUCUUUUUAUUUUUUUUUUUAGCAGUUCAUGUCGGGCGCGAGUACAGGUACGGCUCGUCUCAAUUGGACCAGAUGAAGGAAACCCCCCCCCCUCAGAGCCUCACCAAGUGUGUACAUAUGUGUCAAUACAGUAAAGAGGCAGAAACGUUGGGUUUUCACGCCCGUUUUCUCAUGUAUAAAAGUCAGAGUUCUAUAUUGUUAAAGUGAUGCUACAGUGCUGGCACUGCCGACAAAGAAACUGCACCCGGCAUCAGUUUCUGGGGCUAUUUCAAGCCCCGCCCCCUCACCUCUCUCCACCAAGUGAACGUGUUUUCCUACAGCAGCUGUGAAUGUGCUGCUGUUUGUACCAUAUGGAGUGAAUGUGUGAGCGAACGUGUGCGAUUGUGAGUUUUUUUAAUGUCCGUUUUUACACACUUUCAUUGUGUAACUACUCUUCUGUUACUGUUUCUGUCCUCGUUAUUGUUUGAUUGCCAUGAAAUUUCAGAUAUAAAUGUGUCACAACAGUUUUUACAUGGAUUUCGAAUAAAUAUUUUGUACAGAAAA